AUGCGGGCAAGAAGGAUGAAGUACAAGGUAAUCGGACGGGCCGUGAGGAAAAGUCGCCACUAUGACACUGAAGAGGGUCUGUUCUCCGGAACAUGGCAUGGUAGAGGAGUUGGCGGCAUCAGCGUUCUCGUCAGCAUAUGCUUGCCCAGAAACGUCGAUUCAUUCACACAACUAGCAACCGGAAUGGGACGUUUACGAUUGAAGCAAUGUGGAUCAAUAACGGCUUCGACAAUCUUCGUCGUCUACCCACCGACAUCAGUCUAUGAUGAAGACGAAGUCGAAGCGUUUUAUAUGGACUUGGAGACGUUCCAUAGAGAAGACCAUACAUUCUUCGAGGCCAUCAUUGGGCCAUUUUUAAGACUAAGACGGUCCAGAAGAAUGUGUGAAGAAUGUCACAUUGACACCCACGGAUAA